AUGCGCCUGACCGCGCCCAUCCUCCUCUCCCCCGCCGACCUCGACACCGUCACCCCAGACAUCGCCAGCAUCCGGCACUCGUCCCUGACGACCACCCGGCUGGGCCAGCUGCGGUACGGCGCCGUGCCCCACGCCGAGGCCCGCGCAUGGCUGGAGUCGAGUACCCGGGCUGAGCUCGAGAGCGAGUUGACGAGAUAUCCCCGCAUCGUCGACAGCCUUGGGGGGCGUGAUGGAUUGGGCGGCGGGCGUGUGAUGACGACGAGCAUGGAACACCUGGUCGUCCGCGAUCUGGAUCUCGAAUCGUUGUCUCCGGGAUCGCCGAGCGAGGGUGUCUCCGUUGAUGUUGUUGAUGCUGCUGCUGCUGCUGGACGUGUCGUCGCCUUUACAGAGUUCAUGUACCAUCCACCUCCGCCACUGCCAGGACAGGAACCGUCAUCAUGUGCAGAGACACAAAUCGACCAUCCCUUUCCAGCACCACCACCACCACCCCCCUCCGUCCACCGCUCCCUGCACGAGCACUGGGACCAGACCGUCGAAGCCGCCCUGUCCGCAUGGUUUGGGGGCAUGCACUGCUUCGAGGUGCGCGGUCUGGGCACGCUGGCGCCGUCGCACCUGCGGAAGGGGAUCGCCAGCACGCUCCUGGCCUGGCUAUUGCCCCGGGCGGACCGGAUGGGCAUUCCUGUCGUCCUGGCCGCCACACCCAUAGGAUACCCGUUCUACCUGCGGCACGGGUUCGUGGAGGUGGACGGCGGCAGCCGGCGGUGUCAUAUCGAGUGUGACAUGGCGUCGUGGGGUGGGAGCGGUGUCCAUCGACAUGUCCUGAUGAUCCGGCGGCCGAAGCAGAAGCAGCCCGAAACUGGAAUCGUGUGA